UCAAAAGCUCGCCAGUUUGCCCAGCAAUCCCUCGCCGUCCCAGUCACCACACCAGGGGCAGUCAGCCGCACCAGCAGCGCGCGCCCAGAUGCGCCUCGUCGUGGCGUUGUCCCGCCGCAGCAUUUCGCUGUACUUGAUGUCAGCCCUCGUCAGCGAUGUCAUCACACAGAGGGGCUAAAGGCGAACGGCAGCAGCCGGCUGAGCAACCGGUUGAUGAGCGCGUCAUUGCAGCCAACCCACUUAAUAAGCUGGCCCGCUGUUUCUUCCACCGUCUUGUGGACUUGUGCUGCUGCUCCUCCUCUUGCUGUUGCCGUUGCUGUUGAAAGGCUGCCUCUUGCUGUUUCAGCAGGUCGAUGGCCUCGCGGAUGCCUCGCAGCAUGGCUGCCUGCCGCUCACCAUAAGCCUCGCUCUCUCCGCCCUGUCCCUCUGCCUCUCCCAUGAUGGCCCACUCAGGAUGCUCUUCAUCGGUCCGGACCUCGAUGUCAAAGGAAGCGCCGAUGGCCAU